CCCCUUUAACUCAUACGUUGACAACCACUGCUCCAGACUGUACGUAUUGAAGCGAAAGUGCAGGAGCUCACUGAUGAAGUCAUCCAUACAGAGAAUAGGGCGGACUGACAACUCAUGGGGCCCCCGGGAAAUAGGGGAUCAUAGGACACCUGUGUCCUUGCUCAAACUCAAAAAAGCCUAUGAAAAAGGUACCAGGGGCAUCUCAUGGGGCCCCCUACUGACCCCUGGCCCUUGGGCAGUGCCCGAUUUUCCAAAUGGUCAGUCCGCCCCU